CCCUGUCCUGUUACACGGAAGAGAAAAAAAUCUGUAAAAGACGGUCUUUUUCUCUGCUGUCUUGGUCUGACAUUGUUUUCCCCUGCUAUUAAUCUUCCUGUGCAGCAAACCAAAAGCAAUGGAGUCAACACGGAUCGAAUACAUCAAGGAGAACAUAUACAUACCUCCACAGGUACAGCCUGAGAGACCUGCGAUUCCGGCUCGUCACCCGUCUCUCAUUCUCAACGACAAGAUAAGCGAUGCCAGUGUGACUUUCCAGUGUGGCUGCAAGGGCGGAAAGUGCAUCAAGGAGACUGCUGACUGGCUCUACGGCCCGAACGGUGAGAUCAACAACCCACACGACGAUUGCACCAAGACGGAGGCUUACCACUUCAAAAAUCUUAUGCACGACAGUGUGGGCAGGCAACUAUGACGAGUAGCCCAGUCGGUCAUCGCUAAAAGAUUCUUGGCGUACUCCCCCUUUCCCAUUUUCCUGCUUUUUGAGUCAUUGCACCCUAUUCCAUACAAUAGCUAUAUAUCUGCUUUUAUGUUUGUACAAACGCCCUUCUAAUCAUAAUAUUCUGCUCUGAUAACGCUACUGUAAAAAU